AUGCGCACCCGUAUGUGCCACGUGCGUAGAAGGGGCGAGAAGCCUGGCAGCCCCGGGCCUUCCCUGUUUGAGCCGGGGAGGGAAGUGCUGGCCGGCGACGGCGUCCGCGAGCUCCGCAGCAGCGCCUGCGCCCUGCACCGCGCGCUGGACGAGGCGACGUCCCUCCUCACCGUGUUCUGGCAUUCUAAAGCGCCACGAGCACUUCUGCCCGUUGACAAGGUGUCUGUUCCUGGUCCCCAGGGAGAGGCCGUGCGAAGGGAACUUCUGGAGCUGAGAACCAAGCUGUCCCGACAGGAGGGUCUCCUGCAGAGCACAGCCGAGCGUCUGCAGAGCGCCACGCAGCAGAAGGAGAGCCUGGAGCAGUUCAUCUUCAGCCAGUUGACCAGGACACAUGAUGUCUUGAAGAAGGCAAGGACUAAUUUGGAGGUGAAAUCCCUAAGGGCUCUGCCGGGCACUCCAGUCUCGUGACCCUUACCUUCCAGGAGCCAUGCAAGAAGCGGAGCCACCACAGGUCCUUGAAACAGCAGGAAGGAUGGGCCCGCGCCCCUGUCACGCAGCUCGCUAUCUGCUGAGACCUGGCCCCGCCCCCCACACCCGCUGGGGUCCAGAAGGGGUCAGCGGCGCGGUCACUGCCUGGUGGGCAGUGACAGGCAGCGAGCCUUCCCUGCGCUUUGGGACCCCGUCAGCCCGGGCCUGCGCUAAGCGAAGCGCGCUAGUCUGUAGAGGACCCGCGAUCCCCGGGCUGGGGCUAGCGCAGCAGGUUCUCACGCCCCAGCGACUGCCUCAAAGGUCCACUCGGGGAGGAGGCCCCUGCUUCCCACGGACGGGGCGCGUGGUCCCAACACGACGGAGCGGCGAUGCCCCGCUGGACGCUGGGGCUGGGCCAGCACCGAUCACGGAGCCACACCUGGCCCUGGGCCGUUCAGCUGGGUCGCUCCGGCCCGGCGUCCGUCUCCACUGCUGCACCGAGUUCUCUGAACCCACACGGCGAGAGCGGUGACCUCCCAGACCCCAUCUCACGCUCAGCCUCGCGCCUCCUAUUUCUACGCUUGUAUGAUCUCCGAAGUGUGCUGACCUCACUCUAGUUAUGCUGUCCCGUUCUAUCGUCCUAACUUCCCUCUGGGGAACUGGGGACUAAUGGCCAGACCAAGCCCAUCGAAAGUCUUGUGUAAAGCAGACCAGUGGUCACUUUUAGGUGGCACGUGAGAGGCCCCCUUAGUUGUGCUAAGGCCUUGUCCGUGUCUUCACAGUGCUUUAGAAUGUGUGUGUGUGUGUAUAGAUGUACGACACAUAUUUAUAUAUGUUGCUAUAGUGACAUAUCGAAGGCCAACAUAGCUGGCGGACGGGGUCUGGGAGAGGAAAUGAACAGUUUUUCUGGUGGCUAUUAAAGCAUAAUGUGCAUAAAAAAGAAAAAGUUUUUCUUCACCUGCUUUGUUUCCAUUUCUG